AUGGGUAUGUCAAAUUUUUAUGUAAAAACAAAUCUUUUCUUCAAAGCCGGUGGAAUAUUAAUAGAUCAAUCUACUAAAGAAGAAUUCAAGAUGACUAUACCACUUAAUUCUUUAAGACCAAGAUUUCCUGAUGAUGUAGCUGAUAGAAAAAUAAGAAUUUUUCCUUAUUGUUCACAAGAAUAUAAAUUUUCCCUUACUUAUAAACCUUCAUUUAAUAUUAAAGUUUAUCUUGAAAAAAAUGGAAUUAAAUAUAAUCUUUGUAGUAAAGGUUUAGAAAAAAAAUUUGAAACACAUUUUGUCACUGGAAUUAUUCUUAUUUUUAUUGGAAUUUUACUGGCUUUAACAACUACAAUUUUAUGUUUAAAAUCUAUGACUAAUAGUUGUAUUGAUACAAAUACAAAUUUAGGUGGCAUGAUUACAUCAACAAUUGGUAUUAUUAUUUUACCUGCUGGAGCAAUUGUUAUAUCAAACUCAUUAAAUUAUUUUUUAGAAAAUUUAAAUUUGACUAAAGAUGAAAAGAAUGCUGCUGGUCUUCCGGAGCCACGUUUUAAUAAAGAUAUGAGUGCAGGUAUAACUUUGUUAAUUAUUCAUUUCUUUGGAAAUAUUUUUAUUAUGGCAUUUGGAGCUUAUAUACGUUCUAAAGAAUUAAAAACUUUGUCACAAAAAAUUAUAGAAAUGGAAAAUAAUGAAAAAAACGUAAAUAUAAAAAUUUAA